AUGUCAGUUAUUAAUGAUAGCACAGUUGAGGUUUUGCUUGUACAUCAGCAAAUAUUCCAGGUUGCAAUGACUGAGGGACGAAUGGCAAAAGUUAGUUUUAUAAUGUUAAUGUCUCUGUUCUUUAUCUAUUUGAAUGCCACCAUGGUCUACACUCUUUGGAGUAAGCCUGUUUUUAAAGAGACUCCACGCUAUAUUCUGUUCAACCACAUGCUUUUCAAUGACUCGAUCCACAUCUUUGUUACGUCUUUGUUGUUUAUUUUUAGUGUGGCUUAUCUCAGGUUAGUCAUGGUUGCUUGUGCUUUUUUAGUUUUUGUUUCAAGUGCAACUUUUCGUAAUGCACCUUUAAACCUGGCUCUGAUGUCGCUAGAGCGUUAUGUGGCCAUAAGCUUUCCUCUAAGACAUACUGAAAUAGUGACUCAGAAAAGAAAUUAUUUUGCCAUUGGAAUUAUUUGGUUUAUGGGUUUGUUGCACUUUUUAACUGACUUGUUUUAUGUAGCAGCCACAGAUCCUAAAUUUUUAACUUCACAAAUAUUUUGCACAAGAGAAAGGCUCUUCAUAAAGCAGUGGCAAGUAGAUGUCUAUCAGGGCUUUAAUGUAUUUUACUUUGUGUCAGUGUCCAUGAUCAUCCUUUUCACUUAUAUCAGCAUUUUGAUCACAACCAGGUCCAUUUCCUCCAAUAAAGACUCUGCUCCCCAAAAAAAAGCCCACAAAACCGUGCUGCUGCACCUCAUUCAGCUGGGCCUGUGCCUUACUUCUUUUCUCUAUGGCAUUAUAGAGCGAGCGGCAGCAAUGGCCAGCAGCAACAGCAGCCUCUUCAUAGACCUGCGUUAUCUAAACUAUGUGGUUGUGCUGCUCUUGCCACGCUGCCUAAGCCCACUCAUCUAUGGACUGAGAGACGAUGCUGUACGGCCCUUAUUCAUGUACUACUUUUGCUGUGCCAGAGGCAAACGCAUUACUACUGUCAAUGUACACUGA